CAGACUAAAAUGGUGUAACACAAAACGAAGUUUCAUUUUUUAAAACUGAACAGUAUCGAUUCGACAUGUUUAAAAAUGAUUCAAAUCUUCCAUUUUAUUUUUCAUAGAGUAUUUAGCCUUAAAAUAUCGUAACUCUGCCCACAUAAUGGUACAAAACGUUUUAACGCUUUAGAGGGUCAACGUUAUGAUGGGAACAAUGAGCUUUGAACACCGCGAAUGACGACCGCUUGUACUUCGUGUCAAUGAAAAAGAUCCCCAACCUGAUAAUGAAGCAUGCAUCAUGCUGCACAUGCACAGCGCCUAGCGCAGUAUGUCCACACGUACGUACCCAUCGUCGGAUUGUGAAAGUGGAGGCCGUAUACGCGUAGUCUACAUCAUACAUGUACAUGUACGUCUGCCUGUCUGCGUUGGCCUGAAAGUCAUUGGAACUGGAAGUUGGCCGACGGAAUUUGACGAACGUCAGUGGAAUGAAUGCGUGAAAAAUAGCUGCUGUUAAACGGAGUUACCCUCCCCCCAAAAGAAAGAGUUUAUCUACCUUCUCGGAACUGAUGCAAAAGCUCUCCAAGCCACAGGGUAUGGAUUGCUCUUCAAGAAGCCAUGCACUGACAUCGCAUCGUGUGAAAUGUCUACAUCCAAAUAAAGGCUAAAGAUGCCACCGAGACUGCUCCAAUGGGCAAGCAUUAACGCAGAGAGAAGAGAGGAGGAACAUUAAGUGAGAAGAAGUGUUUUAGAGAGGAGGGUUCAAAUCGAUGGUUUCUUCUCCUUUUCCAAGCACAACUUGUUGCAGUGCACCAUGGAUAACCUGCUUGACGUCUUCCCCAACUUUGGGGUGCAACUGCCGGCAGUCACUUUUACGAACCUCGCAUCCUGGAUUGCUUCAGGGUUCAUGAUCUUUGGAGGCAUUGUGCCCUACAUUCCCCAGUACAUGGACAUCCGAAGAACUGAAAAUGCAGACGGCUUUUCCACCUAUGUGUGCCUAACCCUACUGGUGGCUAACAUUUUGAGAAUAUUAUUCUGGUUUGGCCACCCCUUUGAGUUACCUCUCCUUGCACAAAGUGUCGUCAUGUUGUUCACCAUGAUGACAAUGCUGCAUCUAUGCACCAAGGUCAACCGCCUACAGGAACUCUCAAUCAGGAAACGUAGAUUUGUAGACAGGCAUCACCUUCAGCACCACAGUAGUGACACAAGUGGUCAUGUGCCACCCCUCCCCCAGGGGAAGCAAAUUGCUCACAGGAAGACUUUGUUUGAUUUUGAGACAAAGAAUUUCUGGAAUUGGACGUACUUUGUGGACUAUGUUAUUUUUAUAACCGUCUUCUCCAUACUCGGUGGAGUGAUCACAUACUUUCUAGCGGGCCAGUCCAUCUUUGUGGAAACGCUGGGAUUUCUAGCCGUCUUUGUGGAAGCAAUGCUGGGCAUGCCGCAGUUUUAUCGCAACUUCCAGAAUAAGUCUACAGUUGGUAUGAGUGUGAAAAUGGUAUGCUGCUGGCUCUCAGGGGACGUCUUCAAGACGAUUUAUUUUGUCCUCAAGGAGGCGCCGCCCCAGUUUUGGGUUUGCGGCAUCAUUCAGGUCACCAUGGAUGUGGCCAUCUUGAUCCAGGUUUGCUACUACAAGGACAAGCCGCCGCAGAAGGUCAUCAAGAUUGCCGCAACGGAGAACGUUCACAUAUCGUGAUCAUGGAGCUUCCCCCCCCCCACCGAGCCAAAGAAAAGCUAAUGAAUUAGAGAAGAAGUCAUCUGCAUUGGAAGGGAGUACUUGAGAACCCAGCAUGACCAAAAAAACAGCAAGUUAAGUUUCGCCGAAAAUUACUGUUUGGUAUCAUGCGAAAGGGGUAUUUCACAUAUCGGCCAAACUGCUUCAGAAACUGUUACCCCAUAAUUAACCCUCCUUGUUAUAACUACAUGUACCCCAGAGAGCCAAAAAUUGCAUCCACUUCCCCUUCUGCACUCUAUACACGGUCUUACAACCAGCAGAUCAUAGUUCUUCUUGGAAUUGUGACUAGUCAAAUUCAAUCAAUAGACAAAAACAGGUGACUGGUUUAUCAGUCAUCAGCAAAGUAUACAUGUACUUUACUAGUAUAUAAGGCUGCGUCCGAAUCACUUGGCUGUGGCUUGAAAUUACACACGACUCAAUGGGAACCAGCCACGGCCACCACCACAGACUCGGGUGUAAUUUCUAGCCACAGCCAAGUAAUUUGGACACUGCCUAAGUUACCUGCACAUGUAUACGUGUGUCAAGAGUCUUUGCCAGUCAAUUCUGCUUUCUGUCGGCAGGGGACUCUUAAACUGUUAAAAGCAGUCACUUGACUGAUUCUGACGGAUAGGACUUGUCCAGAAUUGGUGUUUGCAUUAGAGGAUUUUUAAGGGGACUCUCUAUCCCUCCGCGUAUUUUGUCAUGUUGGAUCAGAUAUAGUUAAAGUGCUACUGUGAGAGUUGUUCAACCUUUGGAUAAAGUUGGCGGCUAUUGAGAAGGCAUCUCCGAAUGACCUUGCACCUGCUGGCCUGCGAAAUAAGAAAGUGUUCUUGUGAAGAGCGAUCACUUGGUAUACAUAGACAUGUAUGUAGGCUUUCACCAUCAGUCUGGCAAAGCAUUGCUCACAUGUAGUUGCAAGAGGUAGUUUAGAGAAAGUUUAUGUAUUUGAAUAAGUCUCCUCCCUUACAACGUACAUUUACUUACUGGUACAAACCUGCCAACCUGCCUCACUGCUUCCUGAGGUCAGGCAUCACCACACAAUAGAGUAGAAUUUUAAACAAACGGAGGGCUCAUUUAGAUACCUUGAAUCUAUUUUGUGGUAUUGCCUGACCUCAGGAAGGAGUACGACAGCUUGGCAGGUCUGCCGGUAUACCACC